AUUACCAAAAAAAGGAAAAGAAAAAAGAGGAAAAGCGAGGGAGCCUCAAACAAUAAAAUUCAUUUUCCCAUUAGUAUGAUAUCACCAAACAGUUCCUAAUAGCCAUCCCAACCUCCGAAUACUAGAGAUAUUUGCAUUGCUCCACCGUUAAAAAGGGGGAAAAGGCAUUUCCGGGAGAUCGGCGAUGGCGGUGGAAGGCGGCGGCGUAAAUCUGUCAGAGUUGUACUCUGGCUCUAAGCGUCUGGCUCUGAAAGUCAGAGAUUCAUUGGAGAGGCUUGAGCGUCUCGAGUACACGUCAUCCUCAUCGUCGUCGCUGUCAUCGUCGAACGCCGUCGUUGCGGGGUCUUCCGAUGAGCAAGCAACCGCAAUUCGAAGAGAUAUAAAUCAGAUCCAGUCGCUCUGCUCGGAUAUGGAUCGCCUCUGGCGUUCCAUACCCUCCAAGCCCCAACGCGAUCUCUGGAAAAGAAAAGUGGAACAAGUCAGUGAGGAGGCUGAGUCAUUUAGAGCUAGUCUGGAUAAAUAUCUAUCAAGACAUCAGAAGCGAAUACAAGAAGCGCAAGAGAGAGCAGAGUUACUUGGAAGAGCUAGUGGAGAUUCCCAUGUGUUGAGAAUUUUUGAUGAGGAGGCACAGGCAAUGGAGUCAGUUCGUAGAUCAUCCAGAUUACUAGAGGAUAGUUUUGCAACUGGAGUUGCUAUUCUUUCCAAGUACAGUGAGCAAAGGGAUCACUUAAAGAGGGCUCAAAGGAAAGCACUGGAUGUUCUCAACACUUUGGGGCUAUCAAACACCCUACUCAGGCUCAUCGAGAGGCGUAACCGUGUUGACAAAUGGAUUAAGUAUGCCGGCAUGAUUUUGACAAUAGUCAUCAUCUUUAUUUUCUGGAGGUGGACAAGAUGACUGAUCAAACAUCGCUUACCCAGUUAGUCUUGACAUAUAUACUUGAAUCUUUGCAUUGGUCUGAAAUUGAUUUACUAGAUGUCUGGAGUCUCUACUGUUAGGAAAAAUGCUGCAAUGAAAAGGUCAAGAGCGUGUGCAUGGGAUUGAUGGCUAAAAGCAUUUGCCAUGGUGGUCCAAAUUGCCCAAUUAAGAGUUACGAUUGUAAUUAGUGAUGAGAAUUCUUUCACCUUCUGUUGUAAUGACUAUGAUUUGGUGUACUUUUUCCAUGUAAUGUCGGCCACUGUGAUGCGUUAGCAUAGAGGAUUUCACGAAUUUAUUUUAA